UAAGGUCUUAACGGAGGCUAUAUAUUCAAAGAAAAUCCUAAAGUUUAUGGUAAGUGAAGAUAUUCCGAAAGAAAGCACGAAUCCUUUUUCUCCGGCAUAUACGUACUAUACACAAGAGACAGAUGAAACAGUCAAGGCAACUAUCCGAAGAAAUAGAACACUUUCUACGGCCCAGACAUAUUUGAAUAUUUUGCCAUCAACUAAUUAUAAUCCUUCAAUUCGCCGGAGAGCAUCUCAUGAUGAAAACAAUACGGUUCCUAGGAGAUUUUUGAUAGAUGUUGAGAAUACAAUGGAGGUUCUAUUAAAAAACGAAGAUACUGAUGGAAAUAUGCAAAUAACUAUAGAAGAUUCUGGACCCAAGGUUCUAACGCUCGGAACGGUUAAUUCUAGUGGAAUUAAUCAUUUUGAUAUUCGGGGGACAUAUAUGCUUUCAAAUCUACUUCAAGAGUUAACUUUGGCAAAAGACUAUGGUCGAUCAUAUGUAUUAUUAGAUGAAAGAAGAUUAAAUGAAAACCCGGUAUCUAGACUAUCAAGACUUAUUCGAGAGACCUUUUGGGAUGAUUUAACUCGUAGAAUUGAUUCUAGUAUGUUGGAAAUUGUUUGUAUGGAUACGAAAAGUUUGGGAUCUAAAGUUCCUCGUAUAUACGUUCCUCAUACGGAAAAGGAUAUUUAUGAAUAUUAUGUUUCGGCCUCUAAGGCGAAACCUCAUCUUGGUCUAGUAGUAGAAUAUUUGCCACCGGUGAUUACAGAGGAAUGGAUGAGAGACAGUAAUGAAAAACCUGGUCUUUUAGCUUUAGCAAUGGAAAAGUAUAUUAAUAGCAAUGGUGUUGAGGAUUUAAGGGGAGUUCCUUUUAUAGUUCCUGGCGGAAGGUUUAACGAAAUGUAUGGAUGGGAUUCCUAUUUUGAAGCACUCGGUCUCAUUGUUGACGGCAAGGUUGACAUUGCAAAGGGGAUGGUUGAGAAUUUAUCAUUUGAAAUUGACCAUUACGGUAUGAUCUUAAAUGCUAACAGAACCUAUUAUCUUUGUCGAUCACAGCCACCAUUUCUUACAGAUAUGGCAUUAAGCGUAUAUGAUAAAAUAAGCCAUAGGCCAGAUUCAUUAGACUUCCUUAAAAGAGCAUUUCAAUCUGCUAUUAAAGAAUACUAUACCGUUUGGACUUCUCCUCCGAGAAUUGAUCCUGUAACAGGCCUUUCGAGAUAUAGACCUACAGGUUUAGGAAUUCCACCAGAAACAGAAGCGAGUCACUUUAUGUAUAUUUUGGAACCUUAUAUAAAAAAAUACGAAAUGACAUAUGAGGAAUUUCAAUAUGCAUAUAAUUAUCAAAAAGUUCAUGAACCAGAAUUAGACGAAUAUUUUCUGCAUGAUAGAGCUGUGCGUGAAAGUGGCCAUGAUACAUCAUCUAGACUAGAAAAAAAUUGUGCCAACUUAGCUACUAUUGAUUUAAACUCACUUUUAUAUAAAUAUGAAACAGAUAUUGCGGAUGUUAUAAAAAAAUAUUUUAAUGACAGAUUCGUUAUGCCAGAUGGGAAAAUUGAAUCAAGUGCUAUCUGGGUAGAACGAGCUAUAAAAAGACGAGAAGCAAUUGAUAAAUAUUUAUGGAAUGAAGAAAAAGGCCUUUAUUUUGAUUAUGAAACUGUAAAUAAUUUCCAAAGUGCAUAUGAAAGUGCUACAGCAUUUUGGGCUUUAUGGGCUGGCUGUUCUAAUCCUAAGCAAGCUGCUUUGUUGAUGGAAAAAAAUUUCAAAAAAUUUGAAUGUUUAGGUGGGUUAGUUGCGGGCACAAAGCAAUCAAAAGAACGCAUCCAGUCAAAAAAAUCAAAUCGUCAAUGGGAUUAUCCAUAUGGUUGGGCUCCUCAACAAAUACUUGCUUGGAAAGGAUUAAUGAAAUAUGGCUACGAGAACCAAGCGAAAAGAAUAAUUUAUCGCUGGCUUUAUACCGUUACUAAAUCAUUUGUUGACUUUAAUGGGGUAGUUGUCGAAAAAUACAAUAUUACUAAUGAAGUGGAUCCUCAUAGAGUUAAUGCAGAAUAUGGCAAUCAAGGUAUCGAUAUAAAGGGUGUAGCUAGAGAAGGAUUUGGCUGGGUAAAUGCUAGCUUUAGUAUUGGAUUAACAUAUUGUGACACACAUAUGAUACGUGCCCUGGGAAUGUGUACGCAUCCAAAUAUUUUUUUCAAAAACAAUAAAUAUCCAGAUAAAUUUAAAUAGUAAUUAUUAACAUCUAACAUAACAUCGUGAUUUGAUUCGAAUUAUU